AUGGCCAUGGCGAAUGGGUCGUCUACCUUGCUCAAUGAACCCAUCCAUCCUGGUGGGAUGCCAGUGGAUAGAGGAUGCAGCAAGAUAGCGACAAUCAGGAGGGUAUCCGCAAAUUACCAGACGUCCCAUGGUACCCAGCUGAUCCGCGGGGUCCUUGGCCUCCCUUCUCCCCAUGACUCGCCUUCGAGCCCUGCACCCAUCUUGCCUGAUUUUGCUAUCCCUGUCAACCACCUUUCUCAAUGCUCUCCAGUUCCUACUUCCCAGCCUCUCGACGACUAUCCGAACUGCUGCUCUCAGAUGUCCCACGGCACCCAGCUUACUCAUGGGGCCCCUCACACCUCUUCUCUCCCCGGCUUGUCGUCGCCAAUCCCUACACCCAGCUUGCCUACUUUUGCCACCUCGGUCGACUCUCUCUCUCACUCCUCUCCAGUUCCUACUUCCCAGCCUCUCGACGACUAUUCGAACCACUGGUCUCAGAUGUCCCAUGGCGCCCAACUCUCUCAUGAGCCCUCCCACACCUCUUCUUCCCCCGGCUUAUCCUCCAGCCCCGCGUCCAUCCAACUUGUGGCAUCCAUGAGAGCGGACCUCGUGCACAGCGACGAAGCCGAUGUACUCCAUGCUCAUGAUCCUAAUCCGUUUCUUAUCUCGUCUCCGGCCUCUCGUGCACAGUACAUAUUUAUACACGAAGAUCCCUCUGAAGAGCAGACUGAUGAUGCCAUGGCGGGAGAAGUUGAAGAGACUGACGACGUGGCCAUUGAUGGUGCGACCGCCAAAUACGCCUUUAACCCCGCCAUCCAAGCGCUUGAGCUUGACCUGGGGGCCUUCAACGAUUCGAUGGUAGCAGUAAACGCUGCCAUGAGUCAAGUGCUGGCGUUCGUUGUUGCCCAACGCCAGCAUAUUAUAACAUUGGCCGUCGAUAGUCCGGAGGCUAUGUCUUUGCUCGACCCUUUUUCCAAAUCCCUGGCGACUGUCGUAGAUAUUUGGAACCAAGCCAUUGACGCCAGAGUUUCUGCCUCCUAUAGCGCUCGUUCGACCCAGAAUCGAUUUGCAUCGGCUACUCAGCCUUCCCCCUCGGCCCCUCUUGGGAAACACAUAUUUGGGAGCAAGGGCUUUAGCUGCCCCUCUAAACCAGUGUCAUUUGUUGACGCUGUCAAGACCUCCUCCAAGAUGGAAGCACCUCUUAUUCCUGUGCCUGCCAGUCAACCAGGCUUCCCAAACGAGCCACUGACGGAGGUUGUAGGCCCAGCUAGCAUUGCCGCGUGUCUGCCCAACACCAAAGCAAAGACAGAGCGUCCUCCUUCUGCCACCAAGAAUGUCACUAUUACCAUCAAGGAUCUCUCUUCGUUUUUUGCAACCCGGGUUCCCUGUGAUGAGGAACUCAUUAACAUGUUCUUGGAUUUCAGCGCUCACCUCCCAGGCACACCCUUCCAUGACCUGAUAUGCAUCACGUGGUCCUCUCCAUGUGCAUUCCGCUUCACCUUUAAGUCUUACGUCAACGACAACAUGGUACACAUCUGCGAGGAGUUUAUCUCCGUACUCCCAUGCUGGACUGAUCAAGUCUUACUUCCUUUUCUCACUGAGAAUAUGUCCGAUUUCGGACAUGACGAUUCUGCUCCAUCUUGAUUUACUGCCAGUGAUUCGCCUUCCCAUGCUACUAGACACCAGGGCCGCUCAGUUGAUUGCCUGGGGCUCCAGUUUAUUUGUGGUUUCUACAUUUGUUCGCUUCCUUUUGUUAUAGGUUUUACGCUUGUUGCAGGCCUUGCGUCUACCUUGUUUUGUUUGCUUUUCUUACUCGGGUACGUUACGUCCAGUCAUACAGUCAGUUCCAUAACAGCAAUGCCUUCGGGUCACCCCUAUAUCUUAAGCAUGCGACGUCAAAAUAUUGAAGGUCAACCAUUGUUACAAUCGUUUUCAUUUCGAUAGACCAGUUUCUGCUCUCGUGGAGCAAGAAACUCUGUUU